AUGGGGUCUUACCAGCAGCAGCAGCAGCAGCAGCAGCAGCAGCAGCAGGAAGCAGCAGCACGAAAUCAGGCGUAUACUUGCCUCAAUCAAGGCCAAAAGAGAGACCCAGGAUCCCUCUGCUCAGCAGCAGCAAGCAGCAGCAGCAGCAGCAGCAGCAACACCAAGCUACAGACUACAACUGCUGGGGAGGCAGCAGCAGCAGCAGAAGCAGCAGGAAACGCAGCAGCAGCAGCAGCAGCAGCAGCCAGCGCGUUGCAGCGUGCUGCUGCAGCAAAACAGCAACUGCAACAGCAGCAACAGCAGCAGCAGCAGCAGCAGCAGCGGUCACGCGAGUUAGAUACAUCUCUAUCGUUGUUGUUUUGCUCUUUGCUGCUGCGGCUGCAGCAGCUGCGUGUUGCUGUUGCUGCUGAGACGCUGCUGCUGCCGCCAGCAGCAGAUGGUGGUGAUGAGGUGUACAUACACCUCAGGCUGCUCGACCCCACCAAGUCUUUGCUUCCUCUUGUGUCUCCGCUGCAGCAGCAACUGGAGACAGCAGCAGCAGCAGCAGCAGCAGCAGCAGCAGAUGGCCCAGCAGCAGCAGCAGCAGCAGCAGCAGCAGCAGCAAAGCCGCUCAGUGCUGCGGUGUACAGACAGCAGGCUCUGCGGCUCAGCAGCGAAAACUUUUUUCGUUUUUUUGUUCUUAUCAUUGCCUGGCUUGAAUUUACCCCUGCUGCUGCUGCUGCUGCUGCUGCUGCUGCUGCUGCUUCAUCUGCUGCUGCUGCUGCUGCUGCACCUGCUGCUGCUGAUGCUGCUGAUGAUGACGGUGGUAGCGGUGCCUCAUCUUCCGCUGCAGCAGCAACAGCAGCAGCAGCAGCAGCAGCAGCAGCAGCAGCAAGACGCACCAAGCAGCAGACGAAGGCACUGCAGCAGCAGAUGGCUAUUCUUAUGCGGGCGGCCCUUGCGAACCCUGCUGCUGCUGCUGCUUCUGUUGCUGCUGCUGCAACCAGCAGCAGCAGCAGCAGCAGCAGCAGCAGCAGGAGUGGCGCCUCCUCUGCGGACGACAGCAGCAGGGCAGCAGCACAAACAGCAGAUGCAGCAGCAGGAGCUGCUGCUGCUGCUGCUGCUGCUGCUGCUGAGUACCGCAUAAGAAUACAGCAGCGGCACAUUGAGACGAAAGACCAGCAGCAGCAGCAGCACAGGAGUGGCGCCUCCUCUGCGGACGACAGCAGCAGGGCAGCAGCACAAACAGCAGAUGCAGGAGUGGCGCCUCCUCUGCGGACGACAGCAGCAGGGCAGCAGCACAAACAGCAGAUGCAGCAGCAACAGCAGCAGCAGCAGCUGCUGCUGCAUGCGCUUGGAUGGGUUGAUAUGGCUGCAGCAGAAGAAAUAGUGAAGGAAAUGUUUGCUGCUUUUAGUGCUGCAGGGCUGCAGCAAGACACAGACAAACAGAGGGACUCUGCUGCUGCUGCUGCUGCUGCUGCUGCUUCUGCUGCUGCUGCUGCAACGGCCACCGCACGCAGGGGGCCGUCACCAAUGGCAGCAACAAAGACACGAGCAGCAGCAGAUGGUGCUGCAGCAAAUAUUGUAUCGAGGUUCUUUCCUCCUUUUCUUAGUCAGCUGGCGCCCCCUGCUGCUGCUGCUUCCAAGCAGCAGCAGCAGCAGCAGCAGCAGCAAGAGCAACAACCUGAGGACCCCACUGGAACAGCAGCAGCAGCAGCAGCAACAGCUGCUGCUGCUGCUGCUGCUGCUGCAGCUUCUCCUGCACACACCCGCAGCAGAUCGCCAGCUUCCUUUGCUGCUGAUAAACGGGAUAUGAGUCAAGGCGACAGCAGCAGCAGCAGCAGCAGCAGCAGCAGCAACAGCAGCAGCAGCAGCAGCAGCAGCAGCAAGAGUGAAGGACCCUUAGAUGUGGGGUGGGAUCGGAUCCCUGCUUCCUACGCUGAUGCACAGAGGCUGAGUCAACUGCGGCUGUACGUAUACGAGGCGCUGCUCGCCCACGAGCCGCUGCUGCACUUCCCUGUCUCCUUGGAGUCUCCAACCAGCAGCAGCAGCAGCAGCAGCAGCUGCAGCAGCAGCAGCAGCUGCAGCAGCAGCAGCAGCAGCAGCAAGGUGCUGCAGUACAUUGGGUUGCAGCUGUUCUGCUUCCUCGACGAUUGCUGGCUGCGGCUGAGAGCAGCAGGCAGCGCGAUGCCUCUCCCGCUGCUGCCUCUUGCUGCAGUUCCCAGACAUACAAGCAGCAGCAGCAGCAGCAGCAGCAGCAGCAGCAGCAGCAGCAAUGUUUGUAGCAUUGCUGCUGCUGCUGCAUGCAAACCUUCUGUGGCUGCUGCAUCUUCAUCUGCUGCUGCUGUUUCUGCUGCAGCAGCAACCACAGCAGCAGAUCAUUACCACCCCUCCCCUGUUGCCUCACCAGCAGCAGCAACAUCAGCAGCAACAGCAGCAGCAGCAGCAGCAGCAGCAGCAGAUGAAGCAGCACUAACAAAGGCUUUAGGUAUCGAGGGUUCUGCUGCUUUCUGGGGGAGCUACGCCCGCUUUGUCUUAGCAGCAAACCAGCACUGUCUGCUGCUGCCCCUUAAAGCUGCUGUCUCCUUCGUUGUAUCGAAGAAUGUUGCUGCAGCGUCGCAGCUGCUGCUGCCGUUCCCGCAGCUGAGAGCUGCUGUGCUGCUGCUGGCCUGGGAUGCCUUCAAGGGGCAGAUGGAGAGGAGGCAGCAGCUGCUGGAUUCUCUCUGCUGCUGCCAUCUUGCUGCUGCUGCUGCUGCUGCUGCUGCUGCUGGUGCUGCUGGUGCUGCUGGUGCUGGUGGUGCUGCUGAGACUGCUGCUGCAGGGGAAACGCUGCUGUGCCCCGCGCAUGCAUGCGCCCAUGCAGCAGCAACUGCAGCAGCAACUCCAGCAGCAGCAACUCCAGCAGCAGCAACUGCAGCAGCAACUGCAGCAGAAGAUCAGCGUCCGCUUCUUCGCUAUGCAUGCGACCCCAACAUGCAGCAACAUAUCGAGGUGCUGCGCAGCCGGAUGGCAGCAGCUUGGUUUGCUGCUGACUUGCUGCUGCGGCUGCAGGCUGCUUUCCAGCAGCAGCAGCAGCAGCGGCAGCAGCAGCAGCAGCAGCAGCAGGCGAAGCAAAACAAGCUGCUGCUGCUCUUACCAGCAGCAGCAGCAGCAGCAGCAGCAGCAAGGAUGCAGGUGCUGCUGAGAGACAAACAGCAGCAGCAGCAGCAACAGCAGUUGCACAGCAGCAACAGCAGCAGCAGCAGCAGCAACAGCAGCAACAGCAGCAGAAGCAGCAGCAGAUACAGGACCUGCUGCAGCAGACACCGCGCAUGCUGA